UUAAGCACCGUUGUUGCUUUGCGUCUUCUGUUUUCAGUUCGCAUUUAGCAUCUCUCUAUCUCUCUUGCUCUUGUGUUGAGAGACUCUUUGCGUUUCUCGAGCAAUCGGCGCCAACUGUUGAACUGGGCUAGGGUUUAGGGUCUUGAAUCGAAUUGACGGAUAUUAGAGAAAUUUCAAGGACUUGAAGCUGAGCUUGCAGGGCAGCAUGGGAUUUGAUAAUGAGUGCAUAUUGAAUAUCCAAUCUCUUGCCGGAGAGUACUUUUGUCCAGUUUGUCGUCUGCUUGUCUACCCAAAUGAAGCAUUGCAGUCACAGUGCACUCAUUUAUACUGCAAGCCCUGUUUGACAUAUGUAGUGAGCUCUACCCGAGCUUGCCCAUAUGAUGGUUACUUAGUGACAGAAGCAGAUGCCAAGCCACUUAUUGAAUCAAAUAAGUCCCUUGCUGAAACCAUAGGAAAAAUAGCAGUUCAUUGCCUCUAUCACAGGAGUGGAUGCACAUGGCAGGGACCUUUAUCUGAGUGUACAUCUCAUUGUUCUGGAUGUGCCUUUGGUAAUUCUCCUGUAGUAUGCAACAGGUGUGGAAUCCAAAUUGUGCAUCGUCAAGUGCAGGAGCAUGCACAAAAUUGCCCGGGUGUGCAGCCUCAAGCGCAGCAGUCUGAGGGUGCUUUGGAUACUUCAGCUUCUGGCACAUCAGCUACUGCUGAUCAGACCCAGGCUGCCACUCAGUCAGGAAUAGCAACAUCUCAGGCCCAGGUUUCUCAAACUACAAGUGUCACAGCACCUGGACCUGAUCCUAAUCAGAAAGCAAACUCAAGUUCUCAAGCUAUUGUUCAAGCUGCUGUGCCGUCUGCUGAACAGUGGUACCAACAUCAGCAACAAUAUCAACAGUACUAUCAGCAGUAUCCUGGGUAUGAUCCAUAUCAACAACAAUAUCAGAACUACUAUCCCUAUCAACAGCCAGCAGUUCCACAAUCACAGCAGCAGCAUUUGCAGUCUCAUCCGCCAUAUGGGACAGUCCAGCAUCAAUCUCAGACAUACUUGCAAUCGCAGCCCCAAACUCAACCUCCACUACAGCCUCAAUUAUCUCAAUCUCAAGCUCAAGCUCAAGCUCAAGCUCAACCCCAACCCCAAAUUCAGCCCCCACAUGUGCAGGCUUCUGUUGCCGCUCAAACUCAAAAUCAGGCACAAGUUAACCAACAGCAGCAAUUUCACCCUGCCGUGCAGACUUACCCGGCAGCUCAUGGGCAGCCACACCCUCAACCCCUACCAUAUUUCCAAGCUCCAUCCCAUUCACAGCCACAUCCUCAACAUGUGCAAAUGCCUCAUAAUCAGCAAGCCCAAAUUCAGCAACAUACCCAGUCCCAGCUUCUCCCGCAACAGCAUCCCAUUUCUCAACCCCAACCUCAUUCACAACCUCAGCAACAGGCACAGCUUCAACAACAUCCCCAACCCAAUCCCCAACUUCACCCAUCUCAGCCCAUGAAUGCUACCAACCAGCCUCAGACACUACAUCCAUCAUCUCAUGCAGUGACUGGCAAUCACUUGUACCCUCAACCUCACCUUCACCAACCAGUGCAGUCAGGCGCCCCACAACAACAUACUAUGCACGUGCAAUCUCAUGGAAUGCCUCACUCCCAGUCACAAACUCCAGUUCAAAUACAGAGUCAGUUCCCUCAACAACCCCCACUUAUGCGGCCACCCCCAUCUCAUACAACAGUUCCAAACCAGCAGCAGCCAGCUUUGUUGCCUUCUCCUGGUCAAAUCCAAAACAUCAAUCCUGCACAACAGCAGCCUGUUCACUCUUAUGGUCACCCACCUGGGAAUACUGUCCACCAGCGCCCUCAUAUGCAGGCAGUUCAACAACCGACUCCUCAGCAAUAUUUCCACCACCAGCCUUUUGUACAACAGCAACCACCUACACAGCUACGUCCCCAGGGUCAAUCUCAUUCGUUCCCUCAACAUAUUCAUGCCUCUACCCAGUCUCAGCAGAACGUUACAUUGUCUCAGGGCAUUCAACAUACCCAGUCUAAUCUUGGCGGAAGGCCUAUGAUGCCAAUUCAUGGAGUACAAUCUCAGACCUAUGCACAAACUGCUGGAGGUGUUCACAUGAGGCCAAUGCAUCCUGCUGCAAACCUUCCAUCUACAAAUCAGAACAAUAUGGUCAGAACAAACAACCUAGUGCAGUCUGGAGCAAACUCUGGACCAACUACGUCUGAGAGGCAAGCUGAGCAAGAAUCUGAGUUAUCGGGUCAGCAAAAUGCUAAAAAGGUUGUACAUGAUGUGGGUACAGCAUCUGCUGUGGUAGCUGAUGCGGAGGUUAAAACUGCGAAAUCUGAGACGGAUAUGAAGUCCAUUGAUAAUGAGAAUAAACCUACUGGUGAAGAUAAAACUAAUCAGGGAGAUACAUCUUCCCAGGAGAUUCCAGAUAUACAUGCACUUGAAAAUGGAGAGUCUGUAAGUAAAUCAAUGUUGAAGGAAGAGAGUGUGGAUGGUACUCUGGACCAUUCAAGUAAUGGUAAAUUGGGUGAAGUUGUAGCUGAGGGUGCAAAAGAUGUUUCCAUCAGUGACAUGAAACAGAGAGAGCUUAAAGAAAUCCCAUCUGAAGAAGCUCAACUUCGUGAAGAACAGGGUCGGAUGUUGCAGAAGGAUGCUAGUGGCAAUCCGCAGCCUUUUAUUGGCACUGAUGAGGGAUCUCAAGCUGUAUCUACUUCAGCUCCAAUAUCUGAUCAAGGAAAGCAUCUGCCUCAUCAUGGACCUACUACACUCCCGCAAAGACCUGGUGCACCUCUUUUGUUACAAGUGCCUCCAGGACCUCCUCGUCAUACACAGGGGCCUGGGAAUCAUUUAAGGCCCCCAGGGCCUGCACAUGUUCCUGGACAGCCUUUUCAUUCAUCUGAGCAUUUCCAGCCACAUGGUGGCAACCUGGGCUUUGGAGCAUCAUCUGGCAGGGCAAGUCAGUAUGGUCCUCAAGGAAGCAUCGAACUGCAAUCUGUUACUCCGCAUGGGCCUUAUAAUGAAGGUCAUUUACCGCUUCCACCCACUAGUGCUUUGGAUUUUCACGGUGGCAUGAUGUCAAGAGCAGCACCAAUUGGACAGCCAUCUGGUAUCCACCCAAAUAUGUUGAGGAUGAAUGGAACUCCAGGCCUUGACUCCUCAUCAACUCAUGUGCCGAGGGAUGAAAGGUUUAAGGCUUUUCCAGGCGAGCGGUUG